AACGCGUAAUGAAGAGGGGAUCGGAGGGAGUUUUGGAGGAGGAGGGGUCUCGAGCGUGAAAGAGCCGGAGGGACAAAGACAUGCAGCAUGCAACAGGACUCCGAGAGCAGAAAACACUCUCCAGACAACACGCAAACCCUAAAAACAGGAGGAUUCUUUCACGUAAACCAAUGUGCAACCGGAGAGCAGCAGAUUGAACUGAUCACGUGGAGAACAUCUAAACUUUCAGCUUCUUUGUGGAGUAAACGCAGACAAACCAUGGUGUGCUUUCACGUCGCAUUCCAGCUGAAGUGCACGAGACUGAUGCAAGCAUGCACCUAAUCUGAGUUCGCAUGCAAUAUGGAGAGCAGCAUCGUUCCCGUCGCGUUCCUCUCGUUUGUGAUGAUGCUGGAGGCGCAGAUGGUUUGCUGGCACGCGCUGAUGCGAUGUCAUGAAGAGCGUGAUUGUGAGCUCGCAUAUAACCAGUAUCUGACGGCGUGCGAUGGGAUCAUCCGAGGAAGCAGACGCCAGUGUCCAAGCCACUGCAUCAGCGCGCUCAUCCGCCUCAACCAGACCACACACGGCCCGUUACUAGAGACCUGUGACUGCGGGACCGACCCCGAGUGUGUGCGGGCCAAGCGCGCCGUGGAGCCGUGUCUGCCGCGCACACAUCCGGGUGACGCCGAGGGGAUGGGAUGCACCGAAGCGCGCCAGCGGUGUGAAGACGAGCCCAGCUGUCAAUCAUCCCUCACCGCGUAUCUGUCCCACUGCGGACAGCUGUUUAACGGGAGGAAGUGUUCGUCUCGGUGCAGAUCCACCAUCGAGGAGCUGCUGUUGAAGCCCAGUGGUGUGCUGCUCAAUCAGUGCGUGUGUGACGGGCUCGAGAGGCCGUUCUGUGAGGUGGUCAAACAGAAUAUGGUCAAACUGUGUUCGACACAAGACAACAGCGUCUCCGUGGACCACGAUGGCACAGACGAUGCGUACGAGGACGAGGAUGACGAGGCGAGACCGACUGAUGCUGAUGCGGUGAUGUCGGGUUCGAGUCCUUUAACUCGUUCUCAACACUUAGUUCUGCUGUGCAUUGCGUUCACUCUGGCUUUCACACUUUAAAGUGUGUGACUGAUGAAUGUUAAGUGCUCGUCAUCAGCUGUUAUGAUUUCAGACUCUGUAUUGUUUCAGCUCUCAUUGUACUCGCGUCCUCAAAUAUGUGCGCAGUGCGCGUGCGCACGAAUGAGCCGGUUUGGGGAUCAAGUGCUUCAUUAAUGUGAAGAGGCCCUUGAGAAGCUGUUAAACGCUGUCUUUCUCUCUCACGCUUCAGUUUUAUUCGUUUGACCUCUUCCUCUGAACUCCCAGGUCUUGGAUAUGAGUUUAACAGCAUGCAUCUCGUGUUCAUGCGCUCUGGAAAUCAUCUCCAAGUGCCUGACGACUGUUUGGAUUUUAUUGCAGCUUGAAACAAUUUCCAAUGGUUUAACACCUUUCGGUUUCACUUUUAUAGCCUUUUAAUAUUAUGCGUUAUUAAUGUAGUUUCAAUGCAUUAAUUAUGCCUUGUAAUAUAAUGCAUUAUAUGAUCUUAUGAAUAAUUGUAACCACCGUUAUAAUGCAUCAAAAUAAAUUGUUACACUGUUAAAAAUAUACAAUGCAUUAAAACGCAUGACAGAUUUUCAAAUAUUUUGAUGCAUUUUAUCUUUGGCCACAAUUAAUUAUUAAAAGAUAUAAUGCAUUACUAUGAAUACCUUUAUAAGCGUUAUACCUAAAGGUUUGUUUCCAACCUUUUUCUUUCUUUUUUUGGGGCAUAUAAUGAAUUAUUUGUGGUCAGUUUUCUCUGUCUGGUCAAUCACUGUCAUGGCAUUUGAGGAGAAUCUUUCAGAGCCUGUUAGUUAAAGGCACUGAACUGUUACGUUUAUAAUAGCUGCUUUUGUAGAGAGUAUGUUUCUGGUUCAACUUCCCAAAGUGUCUUGAAGUUGCAUACGUUUUGUACAGAAAAUAAUUUAUUUAUACCUUUUGGAAUAAUUAAGAAAAUAAAAGUUAUGCUGAAAUGUAA